AACUAAGCCAGUCUCAGGCCGGUAUCCAGUGCAUACGUUACUAGAGAUCUCUACGCCCAGGCAGUGAAACCCCUGCGUCAAUCAGGCCGCAACUCAACGCAUGAAUUGUAUUGAAAUAGUGCAGAGACAGUUUCUCCUUUGUCCAGCUCAUUCGUCCAGAACUAAACCCGUCCCGGAGAAGGAGAGAGAACACUCUAGGAUGUGAAACCCUGGGAGUUGAUUCAAGGAUUUGAAUAUAUUCAAGAAUGAGCUUCUUAAUAUCCCGAGCCAGAGGUUUAUUUCAGUACGGAGAUCUAGAGGGAGACUCCAGGGUUUCAUCAAAUGGAAACUCUGUUGAUAUUGAAGGCACAGGAAUACUCUCAGCUAAUGCCAGGGUUCGGAGAUCAAGACGAUGUUUGUGGACCGGAAUAGCAAUCUGCAGUCUCUUAGCGAUAAUAAUAAUUUCGGCGGCCGUCAAAAAUCGUCAUCAUAUCAAAGCUGCUGCCGAAGCUUUGAUGCAAAGUGUUGAAAAUGAGCAGAAACUAGGUGGAGAAGUUGGCGAAGUUGUGCACUACAGUCCGCAGUCGACUGGAAACCAGUUUACAUUCAACGAUUUCUACACUGUGUCCUUCUAUCCAGACUUCUUUAAUGGAUCCUGGAUCUCUGAUACUGAAAUCCUGUUCCGAGAUCAGUACGGAGGAUUAUCCAUCUCUAACGUAGCGACCUCUGAGACCCAGACAGUGGUUAGUCACAAUCAGGCCAGAGAUCUUCAUCCUCUUGACUUCUCCUUCUCCGCAGACCGACAAUAUCUUCUUGUAAAAACCCGGAGUCAACGGGUUUGGAGAAGAUCUAGCUACGGAACCUAUGCCUUAGUUCGGAUGAACGGAGGAAGACCUGAUUCGUCAGCUAUUCCUCUUCUUCCACCGCAUGCCGAAGUCGGUGACGAAGACAUGAACCAGUAUCUCCGGUUUGUAUCCUGGGCUCCGGAAGGAAACGCUCUGGCCUAUGUUGACUAUGAGAACAAUAUUCACUACAGACAUUCUGCUGAAGCAGAAGAUAUCAAGCUCACUAACUCCGGAAACGAAACCGUGAUCUUCAACGGUAUCCCGGACUGGGUGAACGAGGAGGAAGUGUUUGAGGAUAACAAGGCGAUGUACUGGUCUCCGGACGGAACUAAACUCGUCUACGGAGUGUUCAAUGAUACUCUUGUGGAUAUUGUUAAGCUCCCGAGAUACGGGAACUGGAGACAGGAUUCCUUGAACAGACAGGGAUAUCCCUUCCUUCAAUACUUUCUGUUUGAUGAUUUUAGAUAUCCUAAGGUUGGAUCCACUAAUCCAAUGGUCACACUGUGGGUUGCUGAUGUAGGUCCUCCCGGAGUUUCAAAUCCUAUUAGACAGCAAAACCUUCCUCCUCCCAUCAGUCUCAUGUCAACUGAACAUCAUUUUACCUUUGUAGAAUGGGCGAGUAACACGACAGUUGCCGUGAACUGGAUGAAUAGGAUACAGAACACUACAGCCAUCAAUCUGUGUGAGGUAAAGAGAGAUCUGCAGUGUGACGAAAUGUUCGUGAUGCCACAGCGUGAAGGUUGGGUUGAUUACAAGUUCAGCGUGAGGUUCAAUAAACACAAUCCAAGCAGGAAGUUUUUAACCAUCAUGCCAGCAGCAACCAUGAGACAUAGGUUCCGACAACUAUUUUUAAUUGACCUUGAGAACAACAGGAGAACCUUGCUGACAAGGAAAGACUCCGAGGUGACCGAGAUACUUGAGUGGACGAAGGAAGAUCAUGUUUACUAUAUUGGAACUAAAGAGAAUGAACCUGGAACCAGGCAUCUCUUCAGACUGGAGCUGGGUCAACCUGAACCUGAUUGUUUGACCUGUUUACACAAGGAUCAUGUUACAGAGUUGAGUCACAGACCUGAGUGCGAUUAUGUGUCUGCAUCUAUGAGUAAAGAUGGAACCUACUAUGUUAUGGAUUGUAAAGGCCCAGGAAUACCCUACUCCUGUCUGCACCACACUGCAUCGAAUACCCUACUAUCAAUCUGGACGGAUAAUAGGAUUCUAGAGAACAGGUUCAGUUUAUUAGAUGUCUCUAGUGUUAAAUACAUGACUGUACCUGUACCUGGAACAACCCAGGAGGCGAGUGUGAUCAUCUAUAUUCCCUCCGCGGUUCAAUCUCAGCCUGGGAAGAAGUUUCCCAUGUUGGUUGAUGUGUAUGGUGGACCAGGAUUCCAGUAUGUGGAUAAACAGUGGGGAGGAUAUGGAUAUCCGGCGUAUAUGUCCUCCUCCCAGGGUGUGGUUUAUGUAAAGAUUGAUCCUCGGGGCUCAGGGUUCCAAGGAGAUGCGUGGAGACACUCCGUUUACAGGAACUUUGGCUCAAUUGAGGUUACGGAUACCAUUCACGUGACCCAGUGGCUCCAGAACAACCUGGAUUAUGUUGAUGCAGAGAAAACAGCAAUCUGGGGUUGGUCAUAUGGAGGCUUCCUCUCUCUCUCUGCUUUAACUCAGGAUCUAUCCAAUGUAUUCUCGUGUGGAGCAAGUGUUGCUCCGGUAGUAAGAUGGGAGCUGUAUGAUACCUACUACACGGAGAGAUACAUGUCUACACUAGAAGAUAACCCUGAAGGGUAUAAUACCAGUUCUCCUCUCAUUGGAAUAGAAAAUCUACGCAACAAGAAGUAUAUGAUGGUUCACGGAACCCAUGAUGAUAAUGUACACUACCAGCAGUCUAUGCUGCUCUCUGCUGCACUAGAGGAGAAGGAUAUAUUAUUCCGUCAGCAGACCUACCCUGAUCAGGAUCAUGGAAUAGGAGAUUAUAGGAAACAUUUAUACCAUUCUUUAACAAACUUCUUCUUAGAAGAGUGCUUUCAUUCAAACCAAUAAUCUAGUUUUGCAUCUUUCGUGAUAUUAACGGGACUGUCAUGCAAAUUUAAAGUACCCUCGAUUAAAAAAAUUAAUUUUAAUCAAUAUCUGACAAAAAUUUACAAAAUUAUCGUCGUUUUCUAUCUUUCUGUCUUA